AUGUGUGUCCGUUUGCCUGUGGCGUGCGUGCUUGCUGUUGAAAAUAAGAAGGAAAUCAAGCGAAUAAAAUCUUUGCUAGAAUCUCGUAGCUGUCUGGACAAAAGCACAAAAAUUUUUUCAGAUCCGAACGGAACUUUCCUGAUUCCGAUACUGAUUCCGCAAAUUGCGAAUGAUGACCCCUCCGCAUUCAUUGCAAAGCUAUUGCCCGGUGAGAAAGUAUCGGUGGUGAGAUCUACAGCAGAGACCGGCUCGUCCGACAUUGGGUCUAAAUUGGCACAUCUAUUACGCUCCUUAGACCCAAGCUUGGAUGAUUCACAGGUGGAUGGUCUCUUGAAGAAGUUUCCUAAAAGAUACUCUGUGUAUCCUCCGCUGCUACUUCUGCCGCAGAAAUCGCUAGAUUCGAAGGAAUGGUCCUGUUUUUUGGGUUCCUUGGAUCAGAACUACAGGUCGGAGAUUUUCAGUUUCAUUCUCCGCCAUUUUUCUACGCCUACCAAUACGUUAACUCAUAUGGCGAUCAACAAACCCAUUCCUGAAACAAACAAUGAAAUACGGUCGCCAUCACAGCUAACAACGCUAUACGGAGACUUCACUGACUUUUGGUGCCAUACCACCCAGAAUGGAAUCUACCAGACCUGGAUGCCUGCUUACACAAUGUUUUCUCGAGGGAACAUUAAAGAAAAGGCCCGAAUAUUAAACUCCUACCAGAAUAUAACCAGCGACUCAGACAUUGUUGACAUGUAUGCCGGAAUCGGAUAUUUCACGCUUUCUUAUUUGAGAAGAGGGGCCCGAAGGGUGUUUUGCUGGGAGAUUAAUCCUUAUUCUGUUGAAGGAUUGACCAAAGGAGUGAGAGAAAAUGGAUUCGGAGAAGCGUAUGUAAUCAAACGGGAGCAACACAUCAGUUUGGCAAAGGUAAUGAAAGCAAGAUGUGUAAUAUUCCUAGAGAGUAACGUCCAUUGCCUCGAAAGGUUAGAAGAAAUAAAAAGCCAAGUUCACGAUGGCGACAAUUUGGACCUAAAUAUUUCUCACAUCAAUUUAGGACUACUACCGUUUUCUACAGAUUCCUGGCCUUACGCAUGCGAACUGAUAGACUUAUACGGCGACAGACAUUCCAAUGCCUGGAUUCACGUUCAUGAAAAUGUCGCAGUGACACAACUCGACACAAAGAUGGACUCCGUCAAAAGUGAACUUCAAAAAUUGUCAAACACUCGGAAAGUAAUUCCCGUUUGGCUCGAGAAAGUGAAGACCUUUGCCCCUGAUGUUUAUCACGUUGUGGCAGAUUUCGAACUGGAACCUAUAUAA